UCACCUUCACCUCCAAAUCUAUCAUCUCCUCCACCUCCUUCCCCAUCGCCUCUUCCUCCAACCCCUCCUCCUUCCCCAUCUCCUCUUCCUCUAACCCCUCCUCCUUCCCCCCCCUCCUCCUUCCCCAUCACCUGCUCCCUAUAUCCUUCCCCAUCACCUGCUCCCUAUAGUAAUAGCCCAACACCUCCUCCUUCUCCUUCCCCAUCACCUGAUCCAUACAUUAACAACCCACCACCCCCUCUUUCUCCUUCCCCAUCGCCUGCUCCCUACUUUUCCAACCCACCAACCCCUCCUCCUUCCCCAUCACCUUCUCCAUACAUAUACAACCCAACACCCCCUCCCUCUCCUUCCCCAUCACCUACUCCCUAUAUAAACAACCCACCACCCCCUCCUUCCCCUUCCCCAUCGCCUGAUCCCUACAUUAACAACCCAUCACCCCCUCCUUCUCCCUCCCCAUCGCCUGCUCCCUACUUUUCCAAUCCACCACCUCCUCCUUCUCCUUCUCCAUCACCUGCUCCAUACAUUUACAACCCACCACCCCCUCCUUCUCCUUCUCUAGCGCCUGCUCCAUAUAUUAAUAAUCCACCACCCCCUACUUAUCCUUCCCCAUCACCUGCUCCCUACAUAUACAGCCCAACACCCCCUCCUUCUCCUUCCCCAUCACCGGCUCCCUACAUAUACAACCCCCCACCUCCUCCCUAUCCUUCUCCAUCACCUACUCCCUCUAUUCAAAGCCCACCUCCCCCUCCUCAUUCCCCAUUGCCUCCUCCUCCAAAUGACCCACAAACUCCUCCAACCCCAUCACCUCCUCCUCCUAUUGUUAAUAAAUCUCCACCAUCGCCAUCUCCCUUAGCGCCUCCUCCAUCUAUUUAUAAAUCACCCCCUGCACCUUCACCUUCACCCUCACCCACUCCUCAAGUAUACAACUCACCACCACCUCCCUUGCCAUCAUCACCACCUUUAUAUGCAUAUUGGCCCCCCACCAUUAUUUCACCAAAUAUUCUUCCUUAAGAUUAAUAUUUCCCUCAUUCCCCUUUCCCUCAUCCUCCCUACAUUUACAAACCCCCUCCCACUCCUUCACCACCAGCACCUCCUCCUUUUAUUUACAAAGCUCCACCACCUUGAUCCCUCUUACCAUUACUUACAUAAAUUUAAAAUUCUCCCUAUCCACCUUAUCUUUACCUAGCCAUCUUCUUCUUAUAUAUAGAAGUCCCCAACACAACCUUUACUAUCAUCACCAUCUCCAUAUUUAUAUAUGCUCCCACCCCAUCUUCAUCCAUCACCUCAUAUUCAUAAUUAUAAGUCCCCUUAUCCUUCCACAUUGCUCUUUUUUCCCUAUAUUUACAAACCAUCACCCCAUCAUUCUUCCCCACCUCAUCCUUAUUUCUAAAAAUCUUCACCACCUCCACAUGUCAAUAAAUCACCUCUCUUUUAUUUUCAUCACACUCUCACCACCUCCUACUUUGGCAUGCAUUUCCUCUCCACCUCUUUCUAUGUCAUCUCUUGCUCCAUACGUAUAAAAGUCCUCAUGACUUCCUUUACCACCUUCUCCAUAUAUUUACAUGUCUCCACCACCUCCCCCACCAUCAUCUCCUUCUCCAUAUGUUAGAAUUACCACCCCCUCCAUCCUUAUCACCCUCUCCUUCUUAUUUUAUAAAUCUCUACACACACACACACACACACACACACACACACACACCUUCGCCUUCAUGUAAUUUAAAAUUAUCCCUACCAUUAAAUCUCUACUUUUAUAAGUAAACCCUUCAGCAUCAUCAUCAUUUUAACCCCUCCUCCCAACCUACCUACAAAACUACCCCUCCAUAUAUUUAGAAAUCUCCACCAUACCCAUCACCAUCUCCUUGACCUCCUUAUAUCUAUAAGUCCCCACCAUGCCUUCACUUAUCCCCAGAAACCCAUUAUAUCUAUUAUUCAUUGUUUCCUCCUUCACCUUCUCCAAUCCAUCAGUAUUAUUCAUCACUACCAUAAUUGCCAUAUCUCUUACUCCAUCAGCUCUAUAAUUCCUCAUCUCCUCUACCAGCUUCACCUCUACCGCCUUAGGCAUACAAGUGUCCACCACCACCAUCAUUACCACCUCCUUCAAAAUAUCACUAUAAAUUAACACCUCCAUCUCCUUCAUUAUCACCACCAUACCCCCAUAAAGACCCCCCAUCAAUAUCUCAUACACCCUCGAUGUAGUAAUAUAGGUUUACCUCACCUCUAGCUUAUUAUUACUAUUGCAUGUAAUGAGUUGAAGGCUUCGUUACAACAUAAAAUCGACAUAAUAUUAAUAGCUAUACAAGUAUUUAAAAAGUUAAUAAGGUGGCUUAGAAACUCCUCCUUUCAGCCUGCAGCAUUGAUGUUACAUUUACAUGAAGAACAAAUCAAGCAAAUAGUGAAAGAUCGAUAAAAAAUGGAGUUUAUAGAAGCCACACUAUUUAUAGAGUCAUAUUUCAUUUAAUAAAGCCUUGUUUUCCUUAUUAUGAUCAUCAACAUGGAAAUUGUAUUUCUUUUCUCUUAUGAAAAAUAAUUGCAGCAUGUAUUGAUUGAG